CCAAGGCGAGGGCUCGGCUCGCUCUCCAUCUCCUCCACCUCCCUCUGCCCGGCUGCCCCCCUCCUUCCUUUUAAGCUCGCGAUCCUCUCUCUCUCUCUCCUCUGAUUCGAAAAAACAAUCUCUGCGUCGCGCAUAAACAACGCGGGGGAGUCGUCUCCCCGUCCCUCUCCUUCGUUCCCCCACCCGGGCCAUAAACCCCGGGGAAAACCCCGCGGCGGUCAUGGCGCAGCCGGCCGGCGCCGGCGCCGGGGGCGGCAGGGGGCGGGAGCUGCGGAUGUCCAUCGAGGAGGUGGCCAAGAAGCUGUCCCUGUGGCACACGCCCACGUUCCGGCCCAUCCUGACCCACGACGAGCUGGAGCCCAUCCUGGGCGCGGCCGGCUUCGUGCCGCUGCCGGCGCCGGCGCCCAGGCAGCAGCAGCAGCAGCAGGAGUGCCUCCCCCCCGCCGGCGCCGCCGGGGCCGUGGCGUGGCGGGAGUACGCCUUCCUCGGGUGCAAUGCCAACGCGGCGGCGCGCCGGCGCCCGGCAGGCCCCGGCCCGCGCCCGCGCCUCCCCUACCCGCGCCUCGACGGCCUCCACCUCAAGACCUACGAGGCCUUCCUCGGCGCCGUCGAGGCACACCUCGGCGCCGACCGCGUCUCCAACCUCUUCCACGUCAGGCUGAUGCCGGUGACCAACCCGCACGACCGGGCGUUCGACAAGGUGUUCCGGCCCAUGCGGAACUUCAGCCCGGAGGAGGACGGGCUCAUCGUGUACCGGGAGGGCACCCUGGACGACCUCACCUUCGAGAUGUGCAGCCGCCACGGCGCCGUCGGGGACCUGGGCCGCCACGUCAUCCCCGGCGUCAGCUGCGCCGACCUCGGCUACCUCCGCAAGGUCGACGGCAACUGCCACCAGGAGGGCUGCUGCGCUAGACACCCCGCCGCCGGCGCCGGCUAUGACUUCUUCGCCGUCCAUCUCAAGGAUCUCCUCCCCAAGUACUAGCUCAACCUGUGCGGUCUUUAAAAUUAAGAUGCAUUGGUCGUCAGCUAGCAGAGUAUACUAGGUGCUAGUAGCUAGCUAGCAGAAUUAGCAAUUUAGCAGCGGUGAGGCGUCGAUUACCAGGUAACUGCAGUUAGUUACAGUGACAUUAUAGACUUAUUAUAGUGCUGGUCAAGGUUUGCUUGCUCCUUCCUUUUCUAGUGUAUAAUUUGUUGCGAGUCAUGUGCAUGCGUGUUGAGCGAGUUCUGUCAGCAGCAUGAAGUUUUGGGGAGGUGGGCUUAAUGUUGAUGAUAGUAAUGGUAUGAAGAAAUGGAAUCAUGUGGUGACAAGUUGCUUACUUUCUUGGUAAUCUUCCCCUUUGCAUUC